CUUUAUCUCUCUUUGUCACAAUAAAAAUGAAUUCACCUAUAUUACUACACUUUUUUGUAUUUUUAUUCUGGUUGUCAUGCAUGAUGGUAUUUGGAGAUACUCAGAAGAUUCGAACUUUGGUUGUGUUGAUGAUGGAAAAUCAUAGUUUUGACCAUUUGUUAGGUCAAUUUCAACAGAUCAAUCCCAUUAUAGAUGGAUCGAAUGGAACAAUGUGCAAUUCCAUUAAAGGACAACAUCCUAUUUGUGUUUCUCAUGAUGGACUUUUUCACACGCAGGAACCAGAGAAUUUUAUUUACGAUAAUAACCAACAUAUUUAUGAUGUUCCAUAUGGAUCAUCACCAUCAUCCUCAUCGAAACCUACAAUGAAAGGAUUUUUGAAUAACUUUGUUCGUUACCGAGAGUCUCAACAUGCUCCUGAAAUCAUGCGUGGAUUAAAUGAAUCUACAUUACCCGUUUUAUAUACUUUGGCAAAAGAAUAUGCUAUUUCUGAUAGAUGGUUUAGUUCAGUGCCAGGAUCUACUUUUCCAAAUCGAAAUUUUCUUCAUGCAGCUACUUCUGGAGGUGUAGUGAACAAUGAUAUACCUAAACUAGGAUACAACAUGACGACACUAUUUGAAGUGAUGGAUCAACAAUCGAUUUCUUAUGGCAUUUACACUGCAUCACCUGUUCCUUAUACAAUGAUGUUCCGUUACUUUCGAACACCCAAAGCGAUUCAAGCCAAAAAGUACUACGACAUGGAAACCUUUUAUGAUCAUUGUGCUAAAGGACAACUUCCUUAUUAUGUAUAUGUGGAACCGGCUAUGUUUGGAUUGGAUGAAAGAUUACGAAAUGAUAUGCAUCCACGAGCAGGAGCAUAUUAUGAUCUUCGACGUGGUGAACUUUUUUAUAAACAAGUAUAUGAAGCUCUAAGAUCAAGUCCUCAAUGGGAAUCAAUGUUAUUUCUAUUAACUUGGGAUGAACAUGGAGGAUGUUAUGAUCAUGUUGCUCCACCUAUUAAUGUACCUAAUCCAGAUAAUAUUAUUCAUCCAACAUUUGAUUUUACUCGACUUGGUGUAAGAGUUCCUGCGAUUCUAAUUAGUCCUUGGAUUCAACGUGGAUUCGUAUUGCCUCAAGAUCAUAUUUUGGAACAUGCUUCUGUUAGUAGUACAAUACAUGCUUUAUAUGGAACUCCUUUUUUGACAAGACGUGAUCAACAAGCCAAUUCAUUUCAUCAGUUUGCCAACCUAUCAGUACCUCGACAAGAUUGUCUCCUUACUUUACCU